AUGAGCGAGGAACAGGACCCACUACUGAAUGCGUUGGGCGGGGACGAUCAGGGAGAGCCCGCUGCGGGCCGUGAGAGCGAGCAGCGGGGGCAGGAUGCUGCGAGUGCUGGUGGAGCGGCGGCCGACCUUGAGGCUGCCGCUGCCGCUGCGCCGCCGCCAGACCCUGUGCAGGAGGCGAGGAACAAAGCGCUGAGCCAAUUGAAGAAGAAGCUGAUGGAGCACAGGAGGUACGACGACCAGUUGAAGAGCCGUCGCCAGAAUAUCCGCGAUCUGGAGAAGGACUACAACAAGACGGAGACGGAUAUCAAGGCGCUGCAGAGCAUUGGGCAGCUGAUAGGGGAGGUCAUGAAGGAGCUGUCCACGGAGAAGUACAUCGUGAAGGCGAGUUCCGGCCCCAGGUACAUUGUCGGGGUGAGGAACUCCGUCGACAGGACGAAGUUGAAGAAAGGUGUCAGAGUGACGCUGGAUAUCACGACUUUGACGAUCAUGCGGAUUCUUCCAAGGGAGACGGACCCGCUCGUGUACAACAUGACCUCGUUUGAACAGGGGGAGAUAACCUUUGACGGGAUCGGUGGGUUGACUGAGCAAAUCCGCGAGUUGAGAGAGGUCAUUGAGCUGCCGUUGAAGAACCCGGAGAUUUUCCAAAGAAUUGGGAUCAAACCGCCCAAGGGUGUGCUUUUGUACGGUCCCCCCGGUACAGGUAAAACGCUUCUUGCGAAGGCCGUUGCCGCGACCAUUGGGGCCAAUUUCAUUUUCUCGCCAGCGUCUGGAAUCGUUGACAAGUACAUCGGUGAAUCCGCUAGAAUCAUCAGAGAGAUGUUUGCGUACGCUAAGGAGCACGAACCUUGUAUCAUCUUCAUGGACGAGAUCGACGCCAUCGGUGGGAGAAGAUUUAGCGAGGGUACCUCUGCGGAUCGUGAAAUCCAAAGAACUCUGAUGGAGUUGCUAUCGCAGAUGGAUGGGUUCGACAACUUGGGCCAAACAAAGAUCAUCAUGGCUACGAACAGACCGGACACUCUUGACCCUGCACUGCUGAGACCUGGGAGACUGGACAGGAAGAUCGAGAUCAACUUGCCCAACGAGGCCGGCAGGUUGGAGAUCUUCAAGAUUCACACGGCCAACGUCAAGAAACACGGUGAGUUCGACUUUGACGCCGCGGUUAAGAUGAGCGACGGGUUCAACGGUGCCGAUAUCAGGAACUGUGUUACUGAAGCUGGGUUCUUCGCCAUCAGAGACGACAGAGACCAUAUAAUCCCAGAGGACAUGAUGAAGGCUGUCCGGAAGGUCUCCGAGACGAAGAAACUGGAAGGUACAAUCGAGUACCAGAAGUUAUGA